CUGCUCAACAAAAGGGCAGGAGGAGAAAAGGAAAAAUAAACGUAUUUAAAGGGAGCCAGAGGGAGUAAAGACUAAAGACUAAAGAGAAACGCUUUAAUUAUUCUUUGGCUCUUCCCUUUUCCCAUUUCAAUUUGGUGGCCUCUUUUUUUCCUCUUCUCCCUUAUUAUUAUUGGGUUUAGGGUUUGAUAGAGAACGAAAAUUGAAAAGAUGAUAGACUUUGCUCGAGUGCAAAAGGAGCUACAAGAAUGUAGCAGAGAAAAAGACACUUCGGGCAUUAAGGUCUCUCCUAAAUCAGACAAUCUUGCUCGCUUGACUGGCAUCAUUCCUGGCCCUCUCGGCACUCCCUAUGAAGGAGGCUCCUUUGAAAUCGAUAUCACAUUGCCUGAUGGGUAUCCGUUUGAGCCUCCCAAAAUGAAGUUUGUGACCAAAGUUUGGCACCCGAACAUUAGCAGUCAGAGUGGGGCGAUAUGCCUGGAUAUCUUGAAGGACCAGUGGAGCCCUGCGCUCACUCUUAAGACGGCUCUUCUUUCUGUUCAAGCUUUGCUUUCUGCACCUGAACCUGAUGAUCCUCAAGAUGCUGUAGUAGCACAACAGUAUCUUAGAGAAUAUCAGACUUUUGUUGGUACAGCUCGUUACUGGACAGAAAGUUUUGCCAAGGCCUCUUCUUUAGGCCUUGAGGAAAAGGUGCAACGACUUGUGGAAAUGGGUUUUGCUGUUGGUUUGGUGAGAAGUACUCUAGAGGCUGUUGGUGGUGAUGAAAACCUGGCUCUUGAAAAGCUUUUAUCCAGCUGAUCUGUGCUGGAGCUGCCAAUUGUUCCUACUUUAAGUUAUUUUUCACUGACCUGGUGAAUCUGAACACAAUACAAUGACACAAAGGAUUAUAUCUGAAUAUAAGCUGUUUAUUUAGUUGAAGAUAUGAUUCCAUAAAGUUCAACGUUCUCGUGGACUGUGCUUAUUAGCUUUUGCUGGACAUGUAUGUUCUACUUGCAAUUUGUUGAUUAGCAGCUUCCUUGUGCUGAGGAGCUGCUAGUGGUGGCUCUCUUGAAGAUUACUUAUAUGAUAACUUUGUCUGAUCAAUUAAUGACUUGGUGAAAAAGAUAACAGUUAUUGAACCUUGGAAUGAGGUAAA